AUGGACGCUAAAGAGCCGCCUCUAUUGCGCCCGACAAUCCUCUUCAUCGGGCACAUUAUCGGAAUCUUUCAACACUCGUGGGAGUAUCUCGACAUGACCUUUGCAAAGUCAAAGGCUCCCAUGUUCACUCUGCCCAUGCUAGGAGGCAAGAUGUACGUCGUUACCGAACCAGAGCUCGCUCAGGCGGCACUUCGCAACCGCUCACUGAGCUUCGAUCCGUUUCUGAGGGACCUCAUCAGGGGGAUGGCUGGCGCCAGCGCGCAGACUAUGAAGGCGUGGGAUGAUCCCGCGUUCUACGGCCCUUGGGUGAAGAGUCUUUAUGGUGGGAUGGCGGGCCAAUCACUACUUGCACUCAAUAUCUCGGCCGUGGGAGGGAUUGCGACGGCGCUGAAUGAGAUUGGCGACGAUGGAGAGGUUGCGGACUUGUACAUGUGGAAUCGCGAGUUGUUCACAUUAGCCAGCACGGAUUCGCUAUAUGGAAGCAAGAACCCUUUGAGGGUGGAUAAGAAGCUCAUCGAGGCGUACUGGGACUACGACGCAGACGUCAACAAGCUCAUCCUCGGCAUCUUCCCCUCUAUCAUCGCACAAAAAGGCUACCGCGGCCAAGCCCUCUUCCAAGAAAGAAGCUUUCAAAACCUUCUUCGACUCCCAGCUCCACGAGAGCGACGACGUCCCAUCCCUCGUCAAAGACCGCCGGAGAUUAAGCAUAAGCUUCGACAUGACUUCGGCGGGAGCCGCCAAGAUUGA